AUGGCGACCGACAGCGCGUUCGCGGGGGCCGGCAAGACGGCGGGGCUGGAGGCCUGGCGCAUCGAGGACCUGCAGCCUGUGGCCGUGCCCGCCGCCGAGCUGCACAAGCUGCACAGCGGCGACAGCUACAUCUUCCUCAAGACCAGCGAGGCGACGACCGGCCUGGCGUGGCACAUCCACUUCUGGCUGGGCAAGGACACGUCCACGGACGAGAGCGGCGUGGCCGCCUACAAGACCGUGGAGCUCGACGACGCGCUGGGCGGCGUGCCCGUGCAGCACCGCGAGUGCCAGGGCUACGAGUCGGCGCUGUUCCUGUCGUACUUCAAGUCCACGGGCCUCCAGUACCUCGAGGGAGGCGUCGCCAGCGGCUUCAACGAGGUCAAGCGCGACGAGUACGUGACGCGUCUGUACCGCAUCAAGGGCAAGCGCACGGUGCGCGUGGAGCAGGUGCCGCUGCAGAGCUCGUCCCUAAGUGUGGACGACGCUUUCGUUCUGGACGCCGGUCUGGAGCUCUAUGUGUACGCCGGCACGGAGGCCAACCGUCUGGAGAAGGCCAAGGCUCUGGAGUUUGUCAGCAAGACCCGGGAGGCCCGCGGUGGCCGCGCCAACGUCACCUUCAUUGACGAGGAGCCGGAGAACGCUGCCUUCUGGGAGAUUCUGGGCGGGUUUGCCUCCGUCACGCGCUCAGGCGAGACGGACGAGCACCACGAGAACGCGGUCAAGAAGAACACGACGGUGCUGCGCGUGAGCGGCUCUACCGACGACAACCUACAGGUUGCUGAUGUGACCCCUGCCUCGGGUGUGCUGACCAAGGACAUCCUGAAGUCGGAGGACGUGUUUAUCAUUGACGCGGGCAACGAAGUGUUCGUGUGGGUGGGCAAGACUGCGUCGGAGAGCGAGCGUAAGAACGCUCUGACGGUCGCUGUGCAUUACCUGAAGAAGGAGGGCCGCCCUGCGCACACGCCUAUCACUCGCGUUGUGGAGGAGGGCGAGACCCCGCUGUUCACGGCGCUGUUCAAGGCCUGGACUGAGCCCAAGGUGCUUGAGUUUGGCUACCAGCCGAGCCAGGGUGUCGCGAAGAUGCAGGACGACAAGCCCGUGGACGUUAAGGCGCUGCUGAAGGCGGCGUCGCAGUCCGAGGAGGACAUUGGCGUUGACCCCAACGGUGACGGCAAGCACGAAAUCACGGUGUGGCGUAUUGAGGACCUGGAGAAGGUGGAAGUUCCUAAGGAGCAGUACGGCCACUUGUACGAUGGCGACAGCUACAUUGUUCUGCACGUCGUCACGCCCUCCAGCGGUAAGCCCACCCAGGUGAUUUACUUCUGGCAAGGACGUUCGUCGACGACGGAUGAGAAGGCUGCGUCUGCUCUGCUGGCCACCUUCUUGGACGACAGCCUUGGCGGCAACCCUGUCCAGGUCCGUGUUGUGCAGGGCAAGGAGCCCGCCCACUUCCGUGCGUUGUUCAAGGGAACGAUGAUCGUGCACGCUGGUGGCAAGGCCAGUGGCUUCGCCAACCGCGACGACGAAGACUCGUACGACACGGACGGUGUUUCGCUGUACCAGGUCAAGGGAACCAACGAGCAGAAUACCCUGGCGGUGCAGGUGGACGAGAAGACCUCGAGCCUGACAUCUGGCGACUGCUUUGUCCUGGUGACCCCUAGCACUGUUUACGAGUGGCAGGGUGCCGGAAGCAGCUCUGCUGAGCGCGAGAUUGCUUCCAAGAUUGCCUCGAUCUUGAAGAAGAGCCGCGAGACCGAGGUCGUUGAGGAGGGCAACGAGUCGGACGAGUUCUGGGAGUUCCUCGGUGGCAAGGGUGAGUACGCCAAGGCAAAGUCGUCGUUCGAGGCCCCUCACGAGCCUCGCCUGUUCCAGUGCUCGAACGCGCACGGAUACUUCGACGCGCACGAGAUCGUGAACUUUGCCCAGGACGACCUCAACACGGAUGACGUCUUCAUUCUGGAUACUUACACGACGCUGUACGUAUGGAUCGGUGCCGGUGCUAACGAGCCGGAGAGGCGUGAGGCCAUGGCUCUCGCUGAGAAGUACCUUGCUGUUGCCAAGAGCGACGGCCGCGGCGAGGGCACACCCAUCGUGGCGGUGCACUGCAACGAAGAGCCGCUCAUGUUCACGAGCAACUUCCUUGCUUGGGACAGCGAGUUCUUCACGAAGAACGAGUUCUUGGACCCCUACAAAGCUCGCCUCCAGAAGCUGAAGGAGGAGAAGGAGAAGAACGUCCCCAAGGACCUCCCCGGCACGAUUACCAACGAGGACAUCUGCGAGAAGGAGACCCCUGAGCCAGCUCCGGUGGCGGCAAGGGUUAUCCCUGUCCUUCCAACUGAGCCCCCUGCUGCACCUGUUUCUCCCAAGGCUGCACCUGUGUCCCCGAAGGCUGCCCCGGCAUCUCCUCAGGCUACUCCGGCAUCUCCUAAGGCCACCCCGGCAUCGCCCAAGGCUGCACCGGUGUCCCCCAAGGCCGCUCCGGUGUCCCCGAAGGCUGCUCCGGCGUCCCCGCAGGCAGUCCCUGCCCCCGCUCCGGUUUCUGCGAAGGCUACCGGUCGUUCGGGCGAGACUUUCACCUACGAGCAGUUGAAGGCCGGCGUUGAGGGCAUCGACAUUACUUCGAAGGAGAGUUACCUUACGGACGCCGAGUUCCUGACGAUAAUGGAAAUGAGCAAGGACGAGUUCGCGAAGCUCCCCAAGUGGAAGCAGCAGGCCAAGAAGAAGGAGCAAGAGGCCGCGGCGCUGGGGCCCAAGCUCGCGCCGUUCACACCCAGCGGCGACGGCGUGCUCGACCACGCAUUGGAUCUGCUGGCUCUUACAGUCGACGACGUGCUGUUCGAUUUGGGCUGCGGAGACGCGCGGCUCCUCGUGCACGCGGCUGAGAAAUCCGGCGUCAGAUGCAUUGGUGUGGAGUAUAAUGAGGACCUGGUGAAGCGAGCGCAUGCACGAGUCGAGGAGCAUGGAGUGCAGUCGCUGGUGGAAGUCCGACACGGUGAUGCAUUGGAGGCGAAUCUGACGCCUGCUACGGCCUUGUUCCUGUAUCUCGUGCCUCAAGGGAUCAAAAUGCUGUUACCCAAGUACGGCGCAUUGAUUUCCCUUGGUCCGGCGGAAGCGAGUAUCGUUAUUUAAAUUGAAAUGUUUUUGGUCGUUGAUGACAAGGUUGGAAGAGGCGCGGCGCCUUAACGUGCGCAUCGUGACGUACGUAUUCUCCAUACCAGGAUGGAAACCGGACGAUGAGCGGAACUACAAAGGCACCAAAGUCUAUCUGUACAAUUCUCCUUCUAUUCCCAAGCAACUGCCGGCAUCUGCAUAGCAUCUCAAGUCAAAUGAAGCCGCCUGCAAAUAUCCC